AUGGUAUUACCGAUUGUGAUAGGACUAGGGGCCACAAUAGCUGCUUUGACCGCUAAGUCAACUAUUUCUGCAUACAGGAAGUACUUGUUAUUGACACCACAUAUGAUAGCGUCGUUGAACAAUAUUCGGUUGAAUUCGCCUACACCGACGACAGAAGGAGGAAAGCUUCACCCCCAUGACUCGAUACACCGGUUUUUGCGACAGAAGUACCCACGUACGGGAUUCAACGAUAAGAUGACGGAGCAAGAGGCGUUGAUGAUUAUGGGAAUCGAGGGAGAUGAGAUCAUGCACAUGGACAAAAAGCUACUUAAAGAGCGAUACAGGAAGUUGAUGGUGAUGAACCACCCGGACAAACAGGGAAGCCAGUACUUGAGCCAGAAGAUCAACCAGGCGAAGGAUAUUUUAGACAAGAGCUAUUUAUUUAAAAAAUGA